CAACAGUACAGGGCAAUGAAAAAAUAAUAUUCCGCAGUUGUGUUGCAGUAUUGCCUGGAAAAUAAUAUUUAACACAUACCGCACAAAUUAUUAUCAACAUCAAUUAAGAUGAUCAUCCAAACAGAGAGAUUACAUUUUUGCUGUGCUCCAAAAACAGCAGUAUUGAUAAUUGGAAUUUUAAGUGCAGGAUCAUGUAUUCAUGGGAUUCUUGGUAUUGCAAGUUUGGUGUAUACACUGUCGUUUGAUGAUAAUCAAUAUUAUCAUUACAGCUAUGAUUAUUUAAUGAUAUAUUCAAUAUUAAUUGGCACUUGUGUUUAUCUAUGGCUGAGCUUGGCAGCAUCAUUGGGAUUAAUUUAUGGUGUACAAAAGAAACGAUCAAAUUAUGUUUUUCCAUUUGUAUGCUUGACUUUGAGUGGAUUCGUAACAAGUAUUGCAGUAUUCUUUGGUUUAUCAUCAUAUUUUCUACUCGCAGUACCACUUGAUGUUGCUGUUUUUGCACUUUUAUUUAUGAUUGGUUGUCUGUAUCUUCAAGCUUACUGUUUCAUCAUUGUAAAAGGAUUUUACUAUAAUCUUUUGAAAAAUGAAUUUGAACAAUCACCAAAGCUUGUUUACACAUAUCCAACAGUUGAAGUACCAACUACUACAAGUAUUCCACCACCUUCUUCAGAUGAUCAAACAAAUAAAUAAAUUUUAUUUUCUUUUUUAAUCUAUUUAACAUUUGUUUUUUUUUUUUUUUUUGUUUUUUAAAAAUACGUAUAUACAC